AUGACACAAAAACCAAUUUUGAUUUCCGGAGCUGGCCUCGCAUCGCUACUUCUUGCUCGCUCGCUUCUGCGAUACAAAAUCCCGUUCCGUGUUUUCGAACGCGAUGCCUCUCUAGCAUCUCGAGGCCAAGGAUACCGACUUCGGCUCUCCUCAGAAGGUCUCGACGCCAUCGAAUCCGCUUUGGAACCAGCAGCAUGGAAGAAAUUUUACGAUAGAUGUGGUAAAACCGGUGGUGGAGGAAUGAAAACCAUAGAUGCCACUUCUGGAGAGCCCAUUGAGCAACCACCUGCUGCACCUGCUGGAAAUAGCAGCAGUAGCGGUGGUAGUGGCGGUGGUAACAAUGAAAGUUUGAACUCGCGAGAGGGCAAAGUCGUUGGUAUAGCGCGUGGAGAUAUGCGAAAUCUGUUCAUGGAGGGUUGCGAAGACUUUGUGCAGUUCAACAAGCAUGUCAAGGGCUACGAGUUGACGAAAGAUGGCGUGCGAGCUAUCUUCAGCGAUGGCACAAAGUCCGAAGAAGGCUCCAUGCUCAUCGGCGGCGAAGGCAUCAACUCCUACAUCGCCAGACAACUCUCGAACGGCAAGCUGAAGGUCUAUGACACUGGAGCUCGCGGCAUACAUGGACAAGCACCGACGACAGCCUUCAAAGGACUCGGCGAAGGUGUCUUCCGUCUCGUCGACAACAGCAGACCCAACGGUUCUUUCGCCGUCAUCACAAAUGUUCGCGCUGGCGAUAUGGACGAUCCCGAUACCCAAUUUGGAUGGACUAUGGUCGGUGAGCCUGGAGUCAUCAAAGCUCCAAACGACGACUAUACCAUCGUCGGCGAGACCGCAUCCAACAUUGCACGAGAGCUCACAAAGAACUGGCAUCCCAAGCUGAAGCCUCUGUUCACCGAGUCCAACACAUCCGAGGGUGCGUUCUGGAAAAUCACAAUUUCAACCCCCUCGGGUGUUCCUGUAUGGCAAAAUCAACCUCGCGUCACUGUCAUAGGCGAUGCAGCACAUUCCAUGACCCCGGCAGGUGGCCUAGGAGCCAAUACUGCGGUAAGAGAUAGCGCUCUCUUAGGUAGACUGCUGCAAAAUGGCUACUACGAAGGAGCGACGGCAGACUACGAGAAAGGAAUGAGAGUCUACGGAAGCGAAGCGGUAGGCAAAAGCUAUGGCAUGGCUUCAAAGAUGUUUAAAAUCCACAUUGACGAAGACAAUUCGACGACGAUGGAGGGCGAAGUCAGGGAUAACAGGAGCUCAGCAUAG